AUGACACUCCAGCAAAAAGAGGAAGAUAUUCCUGUGAUUCCUGUACAACCAGUCACUUACUCCACGCCGAGCGGCCAUGUCCCGACUGUCACCGCGACGGCCUACGGUGUUCCUCCGCCCUCUGCGAAUCCAGCGUAUCAUCAACAACAAGAACCAGCCUAUCCGACAACUCCAGCGACAGUGACAGCACAACCGUACAGCGCGACGACAAGCUCCACGGCUGUCACUCCGUCGCCAACACCGACACCGCCUGUCCAACGCGACAACACUCAAGCCUGGUAUAUCAUUGGAGGAUCCGUGGUUUGCACAGCCAUUGUGUUGUGUUGCUGUUGCUUCAUCCUGCCACUGGUCAUUUUUAUCAUCAUCUUCUCCACGGCGUGGUCCCAAUCGCAAGAAAUUGCCAAUAGUUUCAAUGACGACUUUUACAACAAUUGA